AUGGAUGACAUUCUUGCAGGAGGUGAUUCUCUCGAUGAGGCCAGGGAUGUCCAGAAGCAACUGAGUGCGCUCUUGCGCGCAGGGGGAUUCGCCUUGAGCAAGUGGGCCUUCAAUUGGAGGGAUCUAUGCCCUCACUCGGAUCAAGAGGAGAGACUUUUUUCUACUGAGGAGGCGGUGGGCGCCCUAGACGUCAUCUGGAACCGUCAGAAGGACACUUUCGCUUUGAGAGUGUCCCCGCUUGGGGACUCACGCUCUGAGGUACUAUUGGCUAUGACCAAGCAAAGAGCACUUUCGGAAGUGGCCAAGCUCUUUGACCUCUUAGAUGGGCGGCAUCGGUCCUCGUGUUUGCAAAAGUUUUUCUUCAGGAUUUUUGGCUGA